AUGGCACCCUUUGAAGCUUUUUAUGGGAAGAAAUGUAGAACUCCCCUGUAUUGGGACGAAGUUGGGGAAAGAAUUUUAAUUGGGCCUGAGAUCGUCUCCAACUCAGUUUCCUUAGUUAGCAAGAUUAGAGAAAGAUUGCUAACAACUCAAAGCCGACAGAAGAGUUAUGCAGAUAAGAAGCGUCGGGAUAUAAUAUUCAACAAAGGCGACCAUGUGUUUCUUAAGGUAUCUCCUUGCAAAGUUGGUGAAGUUGCAUAUAGAUUAGCAUUGCCUCCAAGCAUUGCUGUUGUUCACAAUGUUUUUCAUGUGUCCAAUUUGAGGAAUUAUAUUCCUAAUACCAACCAUGUGAUUCAUUAUGAAGAAGUUCAGUUAGCAAAGGAUUUAUCUUAUGAGGAGAGACCAACCGAGAUCCUGGCCAGGCAAGCCAGGAAGUUAAGGAAUAAGGAAGUAAGCAUGGUCAAGGUGCUUUGGCACAACAGUUCAGAAGAAGAAGCCACCUGGGAAGUAGAGCAGGAUAUGCAGCAGAAUUAUCUUGAACUGUUUUGUAAGUAA